UUCACUCCGUCACCACCCCUCUCACUCUCCCACACCCUCUUCCUGCCUACAUAUAUCCUUGCGUAUGCCCUGAGCCCAUUGCUUUGCGUCUAUCGUGUCAAUUGGCUCUUUCGCCGUUGUAUCGCGACAUCAUUUCCGUGCCGCGCAUAGGGUGCGCGCCGCAGCUCAGCUUACAUUCAUACAAAUAUACAGAGCCUCGGCACAUUCGCACACUUCCUAACUCUUGUUUGACGCGCCUGCGCAAGACUUGCUUGCAUUCCGCCACACCGAACCAUAGUCGCGGCACAUUGGCGCCAUGGCAACCGAAACCGAGCAACCCGUUUUCACCAUGAACACCGGCUAUGGGCGUCAGGCUGUCAGCACCUCGGGCGUCUUGGACGUGGUUAUGGGCCCGCUUUUGAACUAUAGGCGCACUAGCAACCAGCAGACCGGACAGCCCAUAUGGCAUGGCAGCGCGCUGAUUGUCACCAAGCCCGGACAGCACGAUGCGGCCCCUCAGCUUGUACUAUCGCCAGCAGGCGCAGUGGACAAGACGCUGGGAGAUGUGCGGUUCAGCGUGUCGGAGAGGGUCUUCCACGGCCAAAAGCUGUACGAAGACGCCAAAAAGGCAUUCUGGCGCUUUCUCAUCGAGGCGCCCAUGCAGCCCUUCGAGUCAAGGUGGAGCUAUGAUAUCCAGACUAUCCAGUACCCCGACGGCAUCAAGGAGCAGAAGCCGACAAUCUUUUCCAUACCCUCUAUCACCCAGUCGAUGCGCAUCAUGUUCCAUUCGUGCAAUGGCUUUAGUGUGGGGACAGACCUGGACGUGUGGCAAGGCCCCGUGCUCUGGAAUGAUGUCCUUCGCAUGCACGAGCAGCGCCCCUUUCACGUCAUGAUUGGCGGAGGUGACCAAAUCUACAAUGAUGGAGUACGAGUAGACGGCCCGCUCAAGCCCUGGACGGAUAUCGGCAACCCCCACAAGCGACGCGAGUUCCCCUUUGACCAGAAGAUGCGUGCCGAGUGCGACGAGUACUAUUACAACAACUACAUCAGGUGGUACGGGCAGGCUCCCUUCUCCACUGCCAACAGCCAGAUUCCUCAGGUCAACAUCUGGGAUGAUCACGAUAUCAUUGACGGCUUUGGCUCGUAUACUGAUCAUUUUAUGAACUGCGCCGUGUUCCGCGGCAUUGGCGGAGUCGCGCACAAGUACUAUCUUUUGUUCCAGCAUCAUCUCGCGCCCCCAAAAAGCACCUUUACCACGGAUGCGCCCCAGACGACGGCAGUACAUGCCCAAGGAGAGACUACAACGCCUGCGGAUCAGAAGCAGGUUGACGAGACUUUUGUAAUGGAUAAUGACGAAGGUGACCCAUCAUACAUUAUUGGCGCAAAGCCUGGCCCGUAUGUCGAGGAAUGCAGCCGCAACAUCUACUGCCAGCUUGGCGCACGCAUUGCCUUUGCCGGUAUCGAUGCGCGAACAGAGCGCACAAGACAUCAGGUCAACUACCCCGAGACGUAUAAGCUGCUGUUUGAUCGUCUGGAUGCCGAGUUUACGGCAAACCCAGAGCUAAAACACAUGAUUUUGCUGCUCGGUGUUCCCAUUGCGUAUCCUCGUUUGAUCUGGCUUGAGAACAUUCUGCAAUCCCCAUUGAUUGCGCCCAUCAAGUUUCUGAACAAGCGCUUCGGCUUCGCGGGCGGCUUCUUCAACCAGUUUGACGGCAAGGUCGAUUUGCUUGACGACCUCGACGACCACUACACGGCUCGGCAGCACAAGGAGGAGCGCCGGCAUCUGAUGCACAGCCUGCAAGCCUUCUCGCAAAAGUUCUCCGCUCGCGUUACCAUUCUCGGAGGAGACGUGCAUCUCGGCGCCAUUGGACGAUUCUACUCGAAUGCCAAACAAGGACUUCGCGCCGAGGAGGACUGGCGCUACAUGCCCAACAUUAUCAGUUCGGCCAUCACCAACAAGCCACCGCCCCAAGCCGUUGCCAACCUGCUCGCCAAGCGAAACAAGAUCCACCACCUGGACAAGGAAACCGACGAGACGCUGCUUGAAAUCUUUGACCGCGAUCCCGCCCUGCCCGACGGCAUGACGGCCACAAACGGCACGAGCGACUCGGGCGGCAAACCCGAAUCCAAAACGUCCGACUCCAACCACGCCACCAUGCCCUCGCGCAACUAUGCCAUCAUCUGCGAAUCGACGAUUCCACCCGCCGCCACUCUCUCGGUGCCCGGCCAGGCCCCCUCGAUUACGACAAACGGCGACGCAAAGUCUACGCUCAGCGAAGCCCCCGGUGCCAAAGACAACAUGCGUCAGCCCUUUCACCUGGGCGAGCAUGGCGCAGGCACACAGCAUCCGGCAGCCAAUGGCAUCCAGCCGUCUGGCCUGUGCGGGCCGUACGGUCUGGAUGUCACGCUCAGGGUGGAGAUUAGCAACAAGGAUCGCGAGGGCAGGACAGAUGGAUACGGGUUUACGAUUCCAGGGCUUAUGGUUAAUGAUGCCCUGAGGCAGAAGGGCACCAAGUGGUAGUUUUUUUUCUUCUUCUUCUUGUUGUUUGGAUUCUUUCUAGGCAUGGUGGGAUUUGGAUAAGGGGGAGUGGAAUAAUGGAGAGAGGAAGAGAGGAAAGAAGAGUAAUGUAGUGUCAAUGGGGUAAUGUAAGGAAGACAUGUGAGAAGAGAUGGAACAAGAUGUGGAACUUGGUACGAGUGCUUGUGAGCGUUGUUGAACAUGUUGAUGUCAUGUUUUUUUGUUAGGUUGGAUUUGGUGGAUUUGGUGGAUUCGUUAUGAGUAGUAUACAUACCCCCUCUACACCGUAGUUCUCUUGAUUUUUUCUUUUCUUUUUCUUUCUUUCAAAGACAGCCUAGGGGUUUGAAACCAUGGAGAGAGGCUUUUCUAGGAUAAAUCUAGUGGUUCUACAUAACAUCGAA